AUGAGCUGCUUUGGGUGUUUCAAGCCUAAGAAGAAGAUGCCUCCCCGGAGGCUGGAAUCCAGGGAGGUCACGGUUGUGAAGAAGGCCCCGAGCCAGAAUGAAGCGCCUCCCAGGGAAUCUGGGUCCGUCAGGCCACCACCAGUCACUUCAAAGCACAAGCACAAGCCAUCAUCUGAAACAGCAACAAGCAUUGAACCUCCUAAAGGAAGUUGUUCUGUUUCCAAAACCGCAAAAGCAUUCACAUUCCGUGAGCUAGCCACGGCUACAAAGAACUUCCGUUCCGACUGCCUCCUUGGAGAAGGGGGCUUUGGCAGGGUAUACAAGGGCAAGCUUGAAAAUGGACAGCUUGUUGCUGUCAAGCAACUAGACCUGAAUGGGUAUCAAGGCAACAGAGAGUUCCUAGUUGAGGUCCUGAUGCUCAGUCUAUUGCACCAUCCAAACCUAGUCAAUUUGGUUGGCUAUUGCGCAGAUGGAGAUCAAAGGCUUCUGGUGUAUGAGUACAUGGCACUUGGUUCACUUGCAGAUCACCUGCUUGAUAGCACUCCUGAUCAAGUGCCACUGAGUUGGUAUCUCAGGAUGAAGAUAGCUCAUGGAACUGCUAAAGGGCUUGAAUACCUCCAUGAGAAGGCGAACCCACCUGUCAUUUACCGGGAUCUCAAGUCCCCCAACAUCCUUCUUGAUGAGAAGUACAACCCUAAGCUCUCAGAUUUUGGGCUCGCAAAGCUUGGUCCAGUCGGGGGAAAGACACACAUCUCCACUCGGGUGAUGGGAACAUAUGGGUACUGUGCUCCGGAAUACAUAAGAACAGGCCAGCUAACUGUCAAGACUGACGUGUACAGUUUUGGAGUUUUCCUACUGGAGUUGAUCACAGGAAGAAGAGCGGUGGAUACCUCCAGGCCAGCAAAUGAACAAAUCCUGGUUAACUGGCUGACAACUGCAAUGGAACACAUGGAAAUAAAUACUAAAGCCUCAGUUAGGAAUUACCCAAAGAAGAUUCCUGGCACAAGGUUUUCUGACAAAUUCAUCUAUGAUCAACAGGUGAAGCCAUUGCUGAGAGACAGGAAGAGGUACAAUGAGCUAGUAGACCCUAAUCUUAGAGGUGAGUACCCAGAAAAAGACUUGAGCCAAGCUGUGGGUGUGGCAGCAAUGUGCCUACAAGAGGAAGCCUCAGUCCGGCCUUACAUGAGUGAUGCUGUUGUGGCACUGGGAUUCCUCGCAGAAAUGCCUGCUGGCUAUAAACACAAAUCUGGCCCUAUACUCCAAAUGAAACAAGUUGGAGAUCCCUCACUAACUAAUAGUGGUAGCGCUAAGCAAGAUAAGGAUGCAUACAAUCGUCAAAAGGCUGUAGCUGAGGCCAUUGAGUGGGGCUCACUGAGGCAGAAACAGAAGGCUCAAAGUCCAGAAAAGAAAGCUCACAGUCAAGGUGCAACAUCCCCUCCAGAAGCCAGCAGAUUGUAA